AUGCUCACCUUGCUCCUUUUGCUAUCUUUGGCUAUUACCUCUCUUUCUCCAGGAAAAUGCCAAAGCUCUAUACCAAACUUCCAAAAUCCAGGUGAGUGGCAAGUCUUGCAAGAAAACAUUGGCAUAUCAGCCAUGCACAUGCAACUUAUGCAAAACAAUAAGGUUAUAAUGUUCGAUAGAACCGAUUUCGGACCCUCUAACCUUUCCCUUCCUUUUGGCCGGUGUCGAAAUGACUCCUCCGACAUUGUCCUCAAGAUUGAUUGUACGGCUCACUCAGUAGUAUACGACAUUGCUACCAACACUUUCCGCCCCUUGACGGUCAAUACCGACACUUGGUGCUCUUCAGGCUCUCUCCUUCCUGAUGGAAGCCUAGUUCAAACAGGUGGAUAUAACGAUGGUGAUCGUGUGGUACGUAAGUUUACACCUUGUAAAGAUGAUAAUUGUGAUUGGAUUGAGUAUCCUAAUUAUUUAUCAGACCGUAGAUGGUACGCAACUAAUCAAAUUUUACCUGAUGGUCGUGUUAUUAUAAUAGGUGGUAGAAGAGUUUUUACCUAUGAGUUCUUUCCAAGUAAUUCUAACUCUUUUCCUACUUCUACAUCCACUUUUUGGCUAAAUUUCCUCUUGGAGACUCACGAUGAUGAGGAAAACAAUUUGUACCCUUUUGUUCACCUAUUACCAACUGGUAACUUAUUCAUCUUUGCAAACACCCGUGCUAUAUUAUUUGAUUAUACUCUAAACGUUGUAGUUAAAGAGCUCCCUUCAAUCGACGGUGGAAAUCCUCGAAACUACCCUAGCACAGGCUCGUCAGUACUCUUACCUAUAGACGAGAAUAAACCCAUUGAAGCAGAGAUCAUGAUAUGUGGUGGCUCACAACAUGGUGCAUUUACACAAGCAUCAACAAAUAGGUCAUUUAUACGUGCAAGUAGCAAUUGUGGACGCAUAAAAGUCACUGAUGAAAACCCUCAUUGGAACAUGGAGGAUAUGCCAAUGCCUCGUGUUAUGGGAGAUAUGUUACUUCUUCCAACCGGCGACAUUCUCAUUGUAAAUGGUGCAGAACUUGGCACUGCAGGAUGGGAAAAUGCAGCUAAUCCAGUAACUACUCCGGUAAUUUAUCGACUAUAUGAUAACACUGACAAGCGAUUUUAUGUUAUGAGUUCAUCACCCAGGCCUAGGAUGUACCAUUCUGCGGCAAUUUUAUUAACGGAUGGGCGAAUUCUGGUAGGAGGAAGUAACCCACAUAUUUACUAUAACUUCACCAAUGUGGAAUAUCCCACAGAUUUAAGCUUAGAAGCUUAUUCACCACCAUAUUUGGCCAUUGAAUAUGCACCCAUGAGACCUAACAUUAUAUACGGUGAUCAAGUUGUUGGUUAUGAACAACCUUUUACAGUCACCUUCAACGUGCAACAAUACCAAGCUGAUGAAGUUGUGUCUGUUAACCUUGUCGCGCCAUCGUUUACAACACACUCAUUAGCUAUGAAUCAAAGGAUGGUGGUAUUGAGGAUAUCAAAAAUUUCUCAACUUUCCUUAGGGAUGUUUAAUGUAGGACUUAUGGGACCAACAACGACAAAUAUUGCACCUCCUGGCUAUUAUUUGUUAUUUGUGGUUCACGCUGGUAUACCAAGUUCUGGCUUAUGGGUAAAGAUUCAGUAA